AUGGCGAACCCCACGCUGAGGUUGCUGGGAUUCAGGUGCGGCGCGGAGGUUCGCGGCCACGGUGGCGAAGUAAAUCUUCUUUCUGAGGCCACACCGUCUACCGGCGCGCCGCCGCCUGUCCACGCGUCGAUCUCGCCCGAGGUGGCCGCGGCGUGCGGGUCCACGACGCCCGCGUGCUUCGCGGCCGGCCACCACGUCGUCCCCGGCGUCGGGGACCACCGCAAGUGCCGGCCUCGGGGAAUCCUGGCGAUCGCGGGGGAGGGGUUGACUAGCCAAGACCUCGACGAGGAGUUGUCUCGCGCGUCCAUCCACUGGUUGUCCUCACCGUCGGGGGCGGUGGCCUGGACGUCCUCGACGAAAUGUGGCAACGAGGAGGCGUCGGUGAACUGGCUGGUGUCCCCGUGUAACACCCGGAUUUUAGGGGUCCAAAACCCGGGGUUAACAAUUUUAUGUAGGAUUUUUCUUAGUUCUUCCCUUCUCUUUUACUUUCUAUUUUCUAUUCCAAAUUCAGAAUUUGGGUGUUACACCCCGCACGACGAAGGCGGGGUGGACCUGCUCGAAGAUGAGAUCUUCGUGCCCAGAUGCUCCUCGGAGGACGCGUUCUGGCGCUUCUCUCCGGACUGCACUAGGCUGUUAGGCUUGCCGCUGCUCAGCGGUCUGCUGGAUUCCGGCACUCCGUCGUCAGAAAUGUCUGGGGCAACGCCGUCGUCAGGGUUUCUCCCAGUGCAGAAGACUCCAAGCAGUGGCAACAGCAUCAGUCCCUUCUCUCUUAUUGUCAAGCGAGCAUCGGAGUCUUCUGCCAGAUUUCGGACUUUGUGUGCCCAGCAGGGACUGGGCAGCAUCUACUGGUACGAUUCGGUGGCGGAUCCGACACCAAUCUCUGGUGAGUCAUGGCCUGAAAGUGUUAGCAAUUAUACACGGUCAGGGUUGACAAGGACAGGCAGUCGUCCCCUGAAGAUGAUGGAUCCAGUGAUGGAAUGUCUUGAGAUGAUGAGUUUGUCUCCAAGGCCUGGGGACGAUGACUAUGAUGGAACUGGCACACUGCCUGCACCAUUGCCUCAGCAUAGCUUCCAGUUUCCAGGGGAUCCAACGCCUCUGGAAUCCAUAGACUUGACCUCUUUUAAGAGGUCUCCUCGUGACAUAGAAUUGAAGGCAAAGGACACAAGUUUCCGAAAAUCAGUCAUGGCAGACACUCGUAUCUCUUGGCAGGAGGGGCUUGUCAGCAGAAUGUUUGAUAUGGGUGACUUGGAUUGCUGCAAAUGGCUAUCUGACGAUGAAGAUUCACCAGUGUUUUUGCACACUGACAAGGCUUUGGCUCUUGGUACCAAUUUUGAGCCAUGUAAUGGUUGUUGCCUACAUGAGGGUGGCGACCAACAGGAAGCAUGCGGCUUUGGCUCUGUUGAGCUCAGUUGCAUUGGAUCUUUCGGUUUCAUGUCCUAUGUAGCAAAGUUGGAAAAUACUUCUGAUUCUUACAUAUUUCACAAAGGAGGAUCCUUUAUUUCAAAUCCUGGUUCAGUGAAGUUGGAAACUAUUUCUGAUCUUUACAUAUUUCACAAAGGAGAGAAACCUGAGCAUGCAGAAGCGGAAGCAGAGGCAGCGUCGUUGGUCCACACAGGGGCCGUGUGCGUGCGCACGGCCACGGCCACGCAGGACAGCGCUGUCACUGUGGCGAGAGAGACUGAGAGCAGGCCAGAGCCGAGCCCCCAGGCAGACCGGGGAAAAGUGGCGGUGGGUGCCGGUGCCAGUGCCAGUGCCGGUGCCAGUGCCUGUGCCUGUGCGGUGGGGGCGCGCAGGCGCAGCGGGUGA